AUGAUUAACAGUUACAACUCUAAAAUAGAGCCAGAGCUUGAAUCCUACCCUAUUAAUACUGCUAGUCUUCCUGCUACUUUUGCAGAACCUAACGACAAUGCUAUCAAAAUUAACCCUCUCAUGCAAGAAAUCAUUCAAGAAUCAUCAUUAGAUAUCCGCAGCGAUUUUCAGUCAUCAUUUCAUUAUAUUUCCAACCAACUUCCUAGAGAAGUUAUUCCCUACUAAAUUCAUAAUAUUAAAAAAAUCAUCCUAUAUAAUUACAAACAAUUUCAAAUAAAUAAGGCAUAGAAUCCCUUUUCAAGGAACCUGUAUGAGAGUCAUGAGAGAUGGACACUCAUUUACUUGUGGCGCCAAUAAAAGAAUAGUCAUUUGUGACAAAAAAGAAACGUUAAAAGAUUACCGGAUUAAUGAAAAAAUUACCGCUAUUGAUGUGUGUGAAAAUGAUCAGUUUGCGUUCGCAGCUUUUGAAGAAAAAGAUAUUGACGGGAAUGGGAUUGGCUGGGCAAUUAAAAAGUUAUCACUUUUGACUUUUGAGAUUGCACAGGUUUAUAUGGGACAUACUGGGAAAAUAACAGCGUUAGCUAUUUCUCCUGAUGAAACUUAUGUAUAUUCGUCUAGUUGAGAUUGCACUGUAAGGAUGUCAAAAAAUGGAAAAGAUAGUAAUGGGAUUUCUGAAGAAAUUUAUGAGCAUGAUUCAAAAAUAAAAACUUUGUGUAUUAGCAGAGAUGGCUUGCAUUUAAUUUCUGCUGGAGACAGCAGGGAAUUUAAAAUUUAUUCUAUUGCUACUAAACAAGUACAAUUUAUUUUGUAUAGUUCAGUAUCAGUGAUUACUUUUGCAAAAUUUUCCCCAAAGAAAAAAUAUUUAGUUUUCAUUUGUAUGAGUCUGAUAAGUUAAAUAAUAAUUUUUAUCUAAAAUUCAAUUAAAUUUAGUAUAUUUUGCUAUAAGUCAUAUGGAUAAUAAUAUUAGUAUUUGAAGCUUCGAGACUUGUGAAAUUAUAAAAGUUCUCAAAGGACAUACAGGAUUGAUCAAAUCUAUGAAAUUUACUGGGAAUGAAAAUGUGCUAGUAUCUGGAAGUAGUGAUAGAACUGUGAGAGUAUGGAGUAUUAAUAGAAAUCAUGAUGAAAUUGUUAUGGAAGGGCACGCAAGAGCUGUAAGAGGGAUUACUAUAAGUCUGAGUGAAAAACACAUUUAUUCUCUUGGAAAGGAUUAUAAAAUUUUAAUAUGAAAAUUCCCAUCUUUUGACAGCAGUAAAUUACUUGUGGGGCAUAAGGAAACUGUUUUUAAUUUAAUACAUUCGAGUAAGAGGAAAAAAAUAUUCUAUUAAUUUUAUAUUCAGCUAUAAAAAAAAUAAGGAUUAUAUUAUUUCUCAAAAAAAUCAAGCAUCAAGCAUUUAUUUUCAUAGAAAAAAUUGACUAAAUUAAGUAUAUAUUCAAACUCAGAAGAUAUGAAUAUCAUUGCAUGAGACCAAGAAUCAGGCGCAAAGCUCUAUGAAUAUCCUGACGGAUCUUCUAUGUACGCAAUGGCUAUUUCUCCAGACGAAGACUAUUUGUUCUCUUGUACCGACGACCAAAGAAUCCUCAUAUGAGAUCUCGAAAAAAAUGAAAAAUUAAAAGAAAUAACCGAUAUUGACGGAGAAGUCAGAGCAAUUUUAUGCACCCCUGACAAUCGAUUUUUUAUUACUGGGGAUGUCGGGUUUCGAAUAAUUAUCUGAAAUAUGGACGAUUUCUCACAAUAUCAUACAAUUCGUUCACAUAGAGCAGAAGUCUGAGCUUUGAAUUUAUAGAAUUGUCCCAUAGAUGGCGCUGUUUGCCCUUGAUUUUGCCCACUAGGAAAAUUUUUUGGUUUGACCAAACCAUAUGGUACUGGUCGAACCAAAAAAUUUUCCUAGUGGGGCAAAUCAAGGGCAAACAGCGCCAUCUAUGGGAAAAUUCUAUACAUGAAAAUUCUACUCUUUAUAGUGGAGAUGACAGUGGAACUGUUUUAUGCCACGAUUUAAAAGACUCAAAAAUCUUAAUGGAAUUUACAGGAAAUAGCACAAGAGUGCAGACAAUUGUGGUGACCAGAAAUGGAGAAAUUCUUUUAAUAGGGUAUAGAAAUGGAGAGUUGAUUAUAUGGGGAAUUCAAAAUAAGCAUAUUUUAAGAAACGUUAAUUACCAUAAUGAAAUAUUGAGAUCUAUAUAUUGUACACAAGAUGGAAAAUAUUUUUUUGCUGCUUCAGAAGACCAGAAAAUGUCGAUUUUUGAUUUAAAAAAUUUUGGGAGAGUUGCUACUAUAAAAUUCAAAAAUAAAAUAAAAUCGAUGAUAUUUUUGACUGGAGAAAAUCAUAUUGCACUAGCAUUAGAUAAAGAAAUCAAAAUUAUUAAAAGCCCAUUGAAGCCUGGGACAAUAAAAGUUUAUGGGCCAGAUUUUGGUAAGCAUAAAUUUAUGAGAUAUAUCAAAGAAAUCAUGCUGAAUGAGAAGCCAGCUUAUAAUAAAGAAAUGGACCAAUGGAUAAUCGAGCCUUUCCAUUUAAAUCCAUUACAUUUUUAUGCCUAUUUUAACUUGUCCAGCCAUUUAAAAAAAGCUAUCGAAUAUGGAGAUGGCUUUUUUCCAUCCUCAAAAAAUGAGACCCCGCUAUCAAUAUGCUUAGACAAAUCCUACACAGAAUGCACAAACGCAAUUUUCACAGCAAUGAAUAAAAUUGCAGCAACAAAUCCUUAUUCUUUUUAUUAUUUUGAAGACUCUCUAAUAACUCUAAACCUGAAAGGAUUUCCAGGCCUUGAAAAAUUCUAUCAGAAUAUUUUAAUGAAAUGCAAGCAUCAUUCAUUGAAGAAAUUUUGCGAUAAACAAUCAAGACUUCCUAGCAUAAUCCACUCCGAAUAUAUCUUGCCGAAAUCUGAAAAUUUCAGUAAAAAAAUAAAAUUUUCUUCAGAUCAAGAAGGAAAAGAUGUGAUGUAUUUAAACUCACUUGUCAGAUUAGAUUUAACAACUGGCUCUAAAGAAAGUUUAGCGUUUCUUGACAGUUUAGGAAAAUGCCCCAAUGGAAAUAUCCUUAAAACUCCUAUAAUUCAAUUCAUUCUCAAUGAAAAAUGGAGAAAACUAAGCUGGCUCAUAUAUUUUCAAGCUUCUAUUUAUAUUUCUUAUUUAGUUUUGCUAUCAAUAUACACAACUUUAUAUGAAGGCGACUCUUAUUAUGUUAUGAUUCCUUUUGGUAUGAGCUGUAUUUUAACUUUAUAUGAAUUGUAUCAAAUAAAUGUAGGCGGAAUUUACUAUUGGCAAGACUUUUGGAAUUGAGUUGAUUUAUUAAGGAUAAUUCUUUUUGUAGCUUAUGUGUCAAUAAUAAGUUCUGGAACUGAUAAUUAUAGUCAUUUUCUAUUAGGGGCUAUUAUUUCUCUAUCAUGAUUCAGAGGGACGCUCUAUUUCAAUAUCUUUAAACCCACCCGCUAUCUGAUUAACCUGAUUUUCACUGUAUUUUAUGAUAUGCUACCUUUUUUCAUUAUUUUAUGCUUCUUAACUCUUGCUUUUGCGGUCACCCAAUACGCCUUAAUAGGUGGAUCAGAUCAUGAGUUUUUUGAUUGGACAACUUUAGCUUGGAGAAUCAAUAUAAAAGAUUACAGCACUGAUUGGUAUAUUUCUUUAUUAAUGUGGGCAAGUCACUGACUCCCCCCCUUUUUAAAUUGGAACUAAAAAUUUUGUUCCAAUUUAAAGGGGGAUUAAGAAGAUUUUUUUAAAAAAAAAAUCAUUAUAAAAUUUUUUUUAUAAAAAAAAAAUUUAUAUAAAAUUUAAAAAAAAAAAAAAAUUUCAAAAAUUUAUCGAACUAGAUUAAUAAAUUUGUUUAAUAAAAUGCUAUUUACUCUUUAUCCUUUAAAAAAAAGCAAGAUAUAACUAAAAAUUUUAUUAUUAAUUAAUACGCCACUAUUAAUUGGUAUCAAAACUAUUUACACAAAAAUUAUUAUUUUUAUUGAUAAAAAAAAAUUAAAAAAAAAAAAUUUAGAAAAUUUAUUUUUAUCAAAGUGCUAAUUUUGUUUAAAUAAGAUGUUAUUUAUACUCUAUUCUUUAAAAUAAAGCAAGAGAUAAGUAAAUUUUGAAUUUUUGUAAAGAAUUGGUCCAGCACAAAUAGGACCUCGGGAACCCCAAACCAUAUACGUAGCUUUUUGUAGAAUAUUUAAUAGUUUAAGCCUAAGUGAAGGAACUAAAGUUUUAUACUCUAAACUAUAUAGCUCAUACCCCUUUAUAGAUCCCUUUAUCGAGCAAAGUGUACUUGAUUAUUGAAAGACCAAAACAGACUUUCUCAAAGAGAUGAGCUCAAUCUCUAUAUCAGAAAGUUCUAAAAAAGUGGCAUGCCAAAAAAUAGUGGCAAGUGUGAAAAAAGUUGGUAAGCAAACACGCAAAUUUUUAAAAUGGCUUUAUUAAUAAAAUAAUUUAAAACUUAACAUAUCCAAUUAGACUGGAAUUGAUUAAUAAUUAAAAAUCUUAUUUUUCAGGCCUUAAUUAAUGAUAAUUAUAAUAAUAAAUGCUACAUAUAAAUUUUAAUAGAUUUAAUAUUUUUGAUUAUUUAUUUAUGUAAAAAGUGCUUGAGAUAAAUUUAUAGAAAUGAGUUUAAAAAUGCAAGUGGGGAACUUUCCGAGUAAACGGUUGUAUAGAUCUUCAAGUGCUAUAACCCCAGUAAGCAUAUCAAUCAAAAACUCGAGUAGGAUCCUGACUUAAGUUAUUAUAAAGUCCAUUAUGAAAUAAAUUGUCAAAAGUGAAAAUCCAAAGGGGGAACUUCCCGAGUAAACGGUUGUAUAGAUCUCCAAGUGUUAUAACUCCAGUAAGCAUAUCGUGCAAAAACUCCAGUAGGAUUUUGAUUUGACUCCCUCCCUUUAAAUUGGACCAAAUAUUUGUUCCAAUUUAAAAGAAGGGUUAAGAAAAUUUUUUAUAAAAAACAUCAAUAUAAAAUUCUUAUAAAAAACAUCAAUAUAAAAUUCUUAUAAAAAAAAAAUUAAAAAAUGUGUCGAAUUAGAUUAAUAAAUUUCUAGAAAAUUUAUCGAUCAAAGUGUUAAUUUUGUUUAAUUAAGUGGCUAUUUAUACUCUUUUGCUAAAAUAAAGAAGAAGUAAAGUAAAUUUUCAAUUUUUGUAAAGAAUUCGCAUUAAAUUUUUAUCAAAAUUAUUUAAAUAAAAAAUAUAAUCCCUUGGCUUAAUUUCUUAUGGCAGUUAUACACACUAUUUUCAUAUAAAAUUUAAAUUAUUAAUUUGGCGCACUAAAAUCUGCGUUUUGAAACGUAUAUUUGGUUUCUAAAUAAUAAAUUUCAAAUAGCAUCAUAUGCAUGAUAAGAAAUAAAUGCAAUAAAUUAUAUUUUUUGUUGAAAAAUUUUUAAAAAUAAAAUUAAAUUUUUAAAAAAUAUAGCAAUUAAAGAUAGUAAAUGUAUUUAAAUAAAAAGCUCUUUAUGUUCUUUUCUUUAAAAAAGAGCAAGAUAUAACUAAAUUUUUAAUUUUAGUUAAGAAGAAACAUUUAACUUAUACCGAAACGUUUUACAUAAAAAUUAUGAUUUUUAUCUAUAAAAUUUUUUAUUAUAAAAUUGAAUUUUGUUUCAAUUUAAGCGAUUAUAAAGAUAGAGUCCAGUAUGGAAGAAAUUGCACCUGAACUUUUAAAUUGAGAAUGCAAAGGAGGAACUUCUUGAGUAAACGGUUGUAUAGAUCUCCAAGUGCUAUAACUCCAGUAAGCAUAUCAAUCAAAAACUCCAGUAGAACCUUGACUUAUGUAAAUCCAAAGAUAAUCCAUAGUCAAAUCUACAUGUAGAUAUUAUUUUUAUUAAAUCAAUUUAACGAAAGAGAUGAAUAAUUAAUUAUCUUAAGUCUAAUCGUAUUUGCUUACCAACUUUUUUCACACUUGCCACUAUUUUUUGGCAUGCCACUUUUUAGAACUUUCUGAUAUAGAGAUUGAGCUCAUCUCUUUGAGAAAGUCUGUUUUGGUCUUUCAAUAAUCAAGUACACUUUGCUCGAUAAAGGGAUCUAUAAAGGGGUAUGAGCUAUAUAUAGUUUAGAGUAUAAAACUUUAGUUCCUUCACUUAGGCUUGACCAAAGAAUUCGUAUUGAAUUUAUAUCAAAGCUAUUUAAAUAAAAAAUAUCAUUUUUAUCAAAACAAAUAAAAUUUUUUUGAAAAUGUUUUUUAAAAACUUAAAAAUUUAAAAUUAAGGAUAAUACAUUUAUUUAAAUAAGAUGCACUUUAUAUUCUAUUCUUUAAAUAAGAGCAGGAUAUAGCUAAAUUUUUAAUUUUAGUUAAGAAGAAACAUUUAAAUUAUAUCAAAACUUUUUACAUAAAAAUUAUGAUUUAUAUAUAUAAAAUUUUUUUAUUAUAAAUUUAAUUUUGUUCCAAUUUAAAGGGGGGUUAAUUUACCAAAAAAGUGGAAAUUUUACCUAUAUUUUGUUCCAAUUUAAGGGGGGGGAGUGAGUUUUUACUGUACUUAAUCCAAUUGUUAUGAUCAGCUUACUUAUCUCCCUUAUGGGAGAUACUUUUGAAAGAGUCAAAGAAAACAGUGAAAUUGCUGACGCUAGAGAACUUAUUGAUAUGCUGAUUGAAGCAGAAACUUUGCUGUUUUGGAGAAAAAAUAGAGGCAAAAAGAAAUAUUUGCAAGUUUGUACAGGUAAUGAGCUUGAAAAAGCAGAAGAUCAUGUGGAUAAAAAGCUAAAUGCACUAGGAAAAAUUAUUUUGCAAAUUCAAAAGCAGCUUAAGGACUCAUUUGAAGCUAGAUGUGACCGAGAAGGAGAACUUCUUCUAUUAAUUCAAGAAUGCCGUGGGUCUAAAAAGCGUGGAGUUAAGCAUUAA